GUUUCUGCGUUUAUUUUUCUUCAGAGAUGUUUUCCCACUUGAAUAUGUUUAGAAUCGGGUUGAGAGGCGUGCAAUUGAGCAGGAAAGUCACUAAUGCAGCUGCUUUUGCGCAGACGCAGCGCCGCUACAGCACUGAUGUCUGUGAACAGGACCGCAACUUGUUUGGCCUUCUGUUUGACAUCGAUGGAGUGCUGGUACGCGGACGGACGCCCAUCCCUGCAGCUAAACAGUGUUUUAGGAACCUGGUGGACGGCGAUGGAAAAUACAAGGUUCCUGUGGUGUUUGUGACGAACGCCGGGAACUCUCUGCGGCAAACCAAAGCCGAGCAGCUGUCUCACCUUCUGGAGGUUGAGGUGUCACCAGACCAGGUGGUGCUGUCCCACAGUCCUCUGAGGGUUUUCACUCAGUUCCAUGACCUGUGCGUGCUGGUGUCCGGACAGGGACCCGUGGUGGAAGUUGCACAGAAUGUAGGUUUUAAGAACGUUGUGACCAUUGACAUGCUAAGGGAGGCGUAUCCUCUCCUGGACGUGGUGGAUCACCAUCGCAGACCCAAAGACAUGAUUCCCCCUUCGAAAAAUUUGCCAACAAUAGAUGCUGUCAUCCUGUUCGGUGAGCCUAUCAGGUGGGAGACAAACUUACAACUGAUUGUUGAUGUGCUCUUGACCAAUGGGAGGCCAGGAAACCCGGUGACAUCACUGCAUUACCCACACAUCCCUGUUCUGGCCUGCAAUAUGGAUCUGCUGUGGAUGGCCGAAGCCAAAAACCCUCGAUUUGGUCACGGCAUGUUCCUCGUGUGCCUGGAGAGCAUCUAUAAGAAGAUAACAGGCUGUGAGCUGAAGUACGAGGCUCUGAUCGGGAAGCCCAGCGUUGUGACUUACAACUACGCCGAACUGCUCAUUAGACAACAGGCCGAGAAACUGGGCUGGACCCGCCCCGUCGAGAGACUUUACGCCAUUGGUGACAACCCCAUGGCUGAUAUUUAUGGUGCAAACCUCUACAACCGCUACCUCAAAGCGAUGCAUCGCAGCCGCGCCCAGGUGCAGGCGCAGGGCGGCUCGGCCAGCCAGGUGACCGGAGACCUGGCGUGCGAAGCGUCCGACGAUGCCAAAUGUUCCGGACAGGUGAUGGUGGGAGGCUCGUUCGAGCACCGUCUGCCUGAAGGCUGCAGCUCCAUCCUGGUCUGCACGGGCGUCUACAACCGUGACCAACAGGACUUGCCCUCCGACCCCGAGCAGACGGUCACGGAGCAGCGGAUUUUCCACGGUCACCGGGACUUCCGCUUCGACCCCAGCCUGACUCAGCCUUCCUUCAUCGUCCAUGACGUUCGGGAUGGAGUGGAGCUGGUCUUCCAGCUGGAGGGUUGGCCGCUGCAGUAAAACGCCAUCUUUUAUGCCAUAUCUACUCACGGUGCGUCACGACACGUCAGAACAGAAUAAGUCCUGUCAUAAUCACUGAAGCUGUCUACACAGGAAGUGUUAGUUGCGCCUUCUAAUUUCUGUUGGGUUUUUUAAUUUUUAACACGGUUUGGAGCUACUUGAGCCAUUUUAUUUUGCCCGUCUAUCUAAAAUGAUUUUACUUGCAAAUAUCAUGUGUUAUUUGUAGGGCUGUAAAAUCGAUUAAUCGCAAUUAAUCGCAUCUAACAUAAGUUGUUUUUACAUGGUAUAUGUGUGUGUAAAUAUACUAUUAUACUAUUACUAUUACUAUUAUACACACAAGCGCAUAUAUAUAUAUUUAAAAACACAAACUUUUAUGUUAGAUGCGUAAUGUAAUCAUGAUUAAUCGAUUUUACAGCUCUAGUUAUUCGAUUGCUAUGAAUUUUAUUUGUUAAAUACUCAAGCAUGACAUUUUUGGUGGCUUUCUCUCUAAUUUAAAUCAUGUUUUGCUUUUGAACAAAUAUGGAAGGCCAUUAUAACAUAAAUAAGGUAAUUUUAAAGGUGCGGCAACUAUCUAUUGUCAGUAGAGUAGCGAUGUAUGAAGCAAUGCUCGAUUUGUUGUUUUUAACUGAACUCCAUUAGCAUAAAAUUUGACUUCUAUGUAACUGCAUAAACUGAAGCUCUUUUCUACUUUAGAGUAAAAAAUGGUAAUUGUGACUUGAGACUUUGUUACAAUGUUACUUUAGAUCUUACACUGCAAUUGUAAUUGUAAUUACUCACCCUCGUGUUGUUCCAAACCUGUAUUCGUUCAUCUUCAAAACACAAAUUAAGAUCUUUUUGAUGAAAUCUGAGAGAUUUCUGCCCCUCCAUUGACAUCUACGCAACUACUACUUUGACGCUUCAAAAAGUUUGUAAAGAGAUCGUAAAACGAAUCCAUAUGGGUCAAGUGGUUUAAUCCAAAUUUUCCGAAGUGACUCGAUCGCUUUAUAUGAUGAACAGAUUUAAUUUAGGCUAAUUUAAUUUGUUAGUGUGACAAACCAAGCAGCGGUCAACGCAGCGAAUCUGUGUGACCAAUUUGAACUCGUUGCGCAAUAUUCCUAAUCACAUAUAUUCAUAUUGAAAUGACUGAAUUUUGGCCACAAAAAUUCACAGAAGAACUGUAAAUGUGACCGCACGGCAAUGUGCAAUGCGAGCAAAGAUCGGUGUGAUUUGAAUUAAAUGCAGCAAUUGAUGUAAGACUGAAGAGUUUGAAUGACGUUUACAUCUAGACAAGUGCACCAUUUGGGAAAGGACAAAUCCUCAAGCAAUUGUCACGAGCUCAAACUGAGUGUUGAAGGAGAUUCAGCAUGAUACACUCUUAAAAAUAAAGGUUCUUUAUUGGCAUUGAUGGUUCCAUGGAACCUUUCCACUGUACAAAAGAUUCUUUAGAGUGAAAAAAGAUUGUUAAAAUGUUCUUCACACUAAGAAGUUCUUUUUAGAAUGUUUACCGAAAGGUUCGUUGGGGAACCAAAAAUGGUUCUUCUAUGGUAUCGCUGUGAAAACCAAAAACAUUUGGAACUUUUAUUUUCAGUACUUUCACAAGCACAAGGUUAAACGCUCGCAGCAAGGAAAGAUGUUCAUCUGUGAGUGAAGCCAUACUAGUUAAUGAAGAAACAACACAAUGCCAUUGACAGGAGGACGUUCAUUUUUUUCCUCCAAUAUGUUGUUUAUAUGUGUGUUCUCUGAUAUAUCUGUUUUUAAAGUUCACGUACACCUCAGUUAGUUUGUUUAAAUAUGAACUCUUUGGUUUGCUGUAACACACUGUACCUCUUAAGAGCCAUUCACACAGGAUACACUUGCAAUAUUUUUCUAACCAUUUUAUGUACAGGACGUUUUGGGCAUCAUGUCGUACUGUAUUUUCCGAUGUGAUCAAGUAGUUCAACUUUUACAAAUGUGUUUUUCAUUUUGUUCAAUUGUUCUGUCUAACAAGCUGCGUUAUGUCUGUUGUUUGUUUGUUUUGAACACUUUAACACACAAAUCACUGAAUUCAUAUCUAGUCCUUUAAAUAUAUUGUUUUGUGUUACGAAAGAACAAAGAAUGCAUUUAAUGACAUAAUGUUUUUAAUAUUUUAUGCAUUUUAUUGUACUGUACACAAUCUACUGCAGAAUAAAUGUCCCAUAAGAGGUAAACUGUAAUAUUGUACUUAUAUAAUGUUUACAAAGUUCAUUCAUUAAAUGCAACAUUAUAUUUUC